GCCCCGCUGCUCCAGCUGCUGUUCCUGCUGGGGGCGAGGCUCCAGGCUGCGGGAGUCGUGGAGCCACCGCUGCCCGCCGUGGUCCUUACCAUCCUGGCCCGCAAUGCCGAGCACUCACUGCCCCACUACCUGGGCGCGCUGGAGCGGCUGGACUACCCCCGGGCCAGGCUGGCCCUCUGGUGUGCCACGGACCACAACACGGACAACACCACACAGAUGCUGCAGGAGUGGCUAGCCGCUGUGGGUGAUGACUAUGCAGCUGUGGUCUGGAGGCCUGAGGGGGUGCCCAGGUCCUACCCAGAUGAAGAGGGUCCCAAGCACUGGACCAAAGAAAGGCACCAGUUUCUGAUGGAGUUGAAACAGGAAGCCCUGACCUUUGCCAGGGACUGGGGGGCUGACUACAUCCUGUUUGCAGAUACAGACAACAUUCUGACCAACAACCAGACACUGAGGCUUCUGAUAGAGCAGCGGCUGCCCGUGGUGGCCCCCAUGCUGGACUCCCAGACCUACUACUCCAAUUUCUGGUGUGGGAUCACCCCCCAGGGCUAUUACCGCCGCACAGCCGACUACUUCCCCACCAAGAACCGCCAACGCCGGGGCUGCUUCCGUGUUCCCAUGGUCCAUUCCACCUUCCUGGUAUCCUUGCGGGCUGAGGGAGCAGCCCAACUCGCCUUCUACCCCCCUCACCCCAACUACACCUGGCCUUUCGACGAUAUCAUCGUCUUCGCCUACUCCUGCCAGGCUGCUGGAGUCGCGGCCCACGUGUGCAACAAGCACCGUUAUGGGUACAUGAACGUGCCUGUGAAAUCCCACCAGGGGCUGGAGGACGAGAAGGUCAACUUCAUCCACCUGAUCUUGGAGGCGCUAGUGGACGGGCCCCCCAUGUGGGCCUCAGCUCACGUGUCCCGGCCCCCAAAGAAACCCAGCAAAAUGGGGUUUGAUGAGGUCUUUGUCAUCAGCCUGGCCCGCCGGCCCGACCGCCGGGAACGCAUGCUAAGCUCGCUCUGGGAGAUGGAGAUAUCUGGACGCGUGGUGGAUGCUGUGGAUGGCCGGACCCUCAACAGCAGUAUCAUGAGGAGCCUCGGCGUGGACCUGCUCCCUGGCUACCAGGACCCCUACUCAGGCCGCACACUGACCAAGGGCGAGGUGGGCUGCUUCCUCAGCCACUACUCCAUCUGGGAGGAGGUGGCUGCCAGGGGCCUGGCCCAGGUCCUAGUGUUUGAGGACGAUGUGCGCUUUGAGAGCAACUUCAGGGGGCGACUGGAGCGGCUUAUGGAGGAGGUGGAGGCAGAGAAGCUCCUGUGGGACCUGAUCUACCUGGGCCGGAAGCAGGUGAACCCUGAGCAAGAGGCAGCCGUGGGGGGGCUGCCACACCUGGUGGUGGCCGGGUACUCCUACUGGACGCUGGCGUAUGUCUUGAGCCUGGCGGGUGCUCGCAAGCUGCUGGCCUCCCAGCCCCUGCGCCGAAUGCUGCCUGUGGACGAGUUCCUACCCAUCAUGUUUGACCAGCACCCCAAUGAGCAGUACAAGGCGCAUUUCUGGCCACGGGACCUGCGUGCCUUCUCUGCGCGGCCCCUGCUCGCUGCUCCCACCCACUACGCAGGGGACGCCGAGUGGCUCAGCGACACGGAGACAUCCUCACCCUGGGACGAUGACAGCGGCCGCAUCAUCAGCUGGAGUGGCUCUCACAAGACGCUGCGUGGCCCCCCCCUGGACCUGGCUGGCAGUAGCGGGCACAGUCUCCACCCCCACCACCCUCGGGACGAGCUCUAG